AUGGGUAACAAUCCAAAGAUAAUAAGCGGUGUCUACAUACUUCAAAAAGUCUUAAAGAGCAAAGCACAUAUCGGAGUCACAGGAAAUCUGAGCCAUCGGCUCGCCCAACAUAAUCAUGAAGCAUAUGGUUGUAACGAAGCAGGUUACUUGGGCGGUAAAUGGAGACCUGUGCUAGCAAUAACGGGUUUCGAUACUCAUAUCGAGGCAGAGAAUUUUGAAGCUCUCCUUCGUGACCGGGUACAAGCCAACAUUACAACCCGUCACGAAGUCGAUGAAUGUAGGGGUGGUACUCCCACAGGCGUAUUAAAACGAAUUCUUACUGCCAGACAUCUAUUAAGAGAUGAAAAAGACGAAAAGUGGGAAAUGAGAAGAACUAACAGAAAAUAUAUUCUUUAUUGGAUGAUCGAUGAUGAGUUGCAGCUGGAACAAAUGAGAAAAGGGUGGGGAACAAAGGAUAGGGUCGUUGUGCACGAAGAUUUGGAUCCAAAGGUGUUAACAGAGCAUAAGCCAGCUCCUCGUAUUGCGGGAAAGAAAUUUUUUAAAGAGAAAACAGAGAAAUAA